GGGGCGAGGCGGGGGCGGGCAUGCUUCGCGACCCCCGCCUCCUGGAUCCCAUCCUCUUCGGCCCAAAUCCGGAGGAGGGGAGAAGGGGCGUAGGUUGUUUCUGUGUACCUGCGAGCGUGUGCCUGUUUGUCCCGUGGAGUCAGCGCUCAGUUCUGUGCCUGCAAGGCGUACAGGUACGUGCUGGCUGGGUUUGGACCUUUGGGCUCGACCAUUUGCGUCCUUGCCUUCACCACUGUGGAUCGUUCUACAUUUGUGUUUCCGUGCAUGGUUUAUUUUUGUUUCUGGAGAGUAAAUUCCUGGAGCAGUUAUUAAGCUUGUCUGCUCUCACCUGGCUAACAUCGAGGCCUGCCCCCUUCUCUCGGCAGCCUGGGGCCCAGGCCGGGGCCACCAUGGCGCUGCCUCCAGGGCCAGCUACCCUCCCGCACACACUUCUGCUCCUGUCGGCCCUUCUGAGCUCAGGUUGGGGGGAGUUGGCGCCACAAAUUGAUGGUCAUACCUGGGCAGAGCGGGCACUUCGAGAGAAUGAACGCCACGCCUUCACCUGCUGGGUGGCAGGGGGGCCUGGCACCCCCCGAUUGGCCUGGUACCUGGAUGGACAGCUGCAGAAGGCCAGCACCUCAAGACUGCUGAGUGUGGGCGGGGAGGCCUUCUCUGGAGGCACCAGCACUUUCACUGUCACGGCCCAGCGGGCCCAGCAUGAGCUCAACUGCUCCCUGCAGGACCCAGACAGUGGCCGGUCAGCCAACGCCUCCGUCCUCCUCAAUGUGCAAUUUAAGCCGGAGAUUGCCCAGGUUGGGGCCAAGUACCAGGAAGCUCAAGGCCCGGGCCUCCUGGUCGUCCUUUUUGCCCUGGUGCGUGCGAACCCGCCUGCCAACGUGACCUGGAUCGACCAGGAUGGGCCGGUGACUGUCAGCGCCUCUGACUUCCUGGUGCUGGAUGCCCAGACUACGCCUGGCUCAGCAAAACACGUGCAGCUGCAGCUCCGCAGCCUGCCACACAGCCUCUGCGUGGUGGCCACCAACGACGUGGGUGUCACCAGCGCCUCGCUUCCGGCCCCAGGGCUCCUGGCCACCCGGGUGGAAGUGCCACUGCUGGGCAUCGUUGUGGCUGGAGGCCUUGCCUUGGGCACCCUGGUGGGGUUCAGCACCUUGGUGGCCUGCCUGGUCUGCAGGAAAGCGAAGAAGACCAAAGGCCCCUCCCGGCGCCCAUCCCUGAUCUCUAGUGACUCCAACAACCUGAAACUCAACAACGUGCGCCUGCCGCGGGAGAACAUGUCCCUCCCGUCCUACCUGCAGCUCAACGACCUCACUCCGCACUCCAGAGGGAAAGCAGCGGACCAGCAGAUGGCUCAGGACAGCAGCCAGCCGGAGCUUCUGGAUCCGGAGCCCGGCGGCCUCCUCACCAGCCGAGGUUUCAUCCGUCUCCCAAUGCUGGGCUACAUUUAUCGGGUGUCCAGUGUGAGCAGUGAUGAGAUCUGGCUCUGAGCUGAGGCUAAGACAGAGGGUGCCUUCUUGGCCCCUGGGCACCCUCCCGGUCCUCCUCCAAGGCACCCUCUGCCUGGCCACAUUGCCAACGGGAAGAGGCCAUGCCACUGCCACUUUUGCUUGUCCUCUGGGUCACUGGUAUCCUUGGCAAGGCUGCCAGCUGGACCUAAGCCCUUGUUCCAACUCUGGUUGAGGGCCUGCAUGAUGGCCUGUGCCCAGGCGGAUGGGGCUCUCUGUCCAGGUGUGCCUGGAGGUCAUCCAGCAUCUAAGCGUGGCGUGGCCCUGUCGGCUUGGGGCAGCUCUGUGCCCCACGCCGGUGCUCCUCAGCACCGUGUACAGCAGGCAUGGGGCAUGCCUGGUUGGGAGGGCCCUGCACGUCCUGGAUCUCCGUCCCAUGCUAUGCAGCUUUGUUCCCUCAGGGAAAAUUUAGGACCCUGCUAGCUGUAGAGAACCAACCUGCCCUUUGCACAGGAACUCACCCCUGGCCCAGCAGCGCUGGCCAAGCACAAACCAGUACCCUCUGCUGCAUACCUCUCUGCCCCAGCCCCCUCCUGGGCAUCAUAGGUUAUACAUUGGACCUUCUCCACUUCUUCACCUGGCACUAGACUUCCCCACUGGCCUGGGCCCUGGUGGUGCCAGCGCCUGGUGUUAGCACAAGAAAGGGGAAGAAUGGGAGGUGAGAAGCCUGGUGCGUCCAGGCCUGCAUAUAGCUAUGCCUUGUUUUCUUACAGUGUUAGCACUUUAAACAUGUCUUCCCGGGAGGCGGUGAGCAAGGGCCCCAGGGCCCUGUCUGGGGCUUCCCCAAGUCUGGCCUUUUCAUGAUUCACCGUGAGUGCCCUGAGCCCUCGGGGUUGACGGGUUCCCGCUCAAAGUAUCUACCCCGCUAUGGGACCCCAGCCCUGGACCCCAUCAGCAGGACCCUGACUGCCCCAUCAGCAGGAAGCUGUUCUUCCUGUCCCAUCCUCUGUUCUUUAGGGGAUGGCCAUAGUGGCACAUAACUUGACAGUGCUGGAAACCUUAGGGGGACGUGGAAAAAGGAGGGAGAUCACAUAUUCCAAAACGACCCAAGAACACUUUUGAAAAGCAACGUGGAAAAGAUUGCAAAUUAACAGAGUGCAAAGUGUAUUUUUCCCUUCUUGAUAUCUUGUUUUGUAAUUUUUCUCACGUUACUGCCGAGGACAGUGCUGAGCACGUGGUAGAUUCUCAAUAAACUUGACCGAGUGAAUGCUGCA